CCUCCUCUUCCUCAGACGAUGGCGGCCCGGGAGGAAACCGGAGAGAAGCCCCGAGUGAAGAUGUUGUCUCCGGGAUUUGGGAUCGAUAAGUCCCGGCUGCACGGCUCCGGGUUCCGGUCCAAAGGCUUCGCCAUCACGGACCUGCUGGGCCUGGAGUCGGACCUGCAGGUGCGGCCGCCGCCCGGCGGGGCCCCCGGGUCGGGUCUGUCGGCUGCGGGCUCCGGGUCCGGGUCUGAGCCGCAGGGAGGCCUCGGAGGGUUCUCGUUCCCGGGGGGGUCGCUGCCGCUGGGACUCGGGUUCCUCUGCAGUCUGGCGGCGCAGCAGCCCGCCGGAGCCCCCUGCUUCCUGCCGGGUCACCUGCCGCUGCUGCAGGCCCGGGCCGACAGCCACUACCUGCAGAACCUGGAGGCCCAGAGGGACGCUUACUCCGAUGAAGAGUGUCUGUCCGACCGCAACGACUCCAAAAGCUCCGCAAACUCCCAGAAGAGGAAGAAGAGGAGACACAGGACGGUGUUCACGUCGCACCAGCUGGAGGAGCUGGAGAAAGCGUUCCACGAGGCUCACUACCCCGACGUCUACGCCCGAGAGAUGCUUGCCAUGAAGACGGAGCUGCCCGAGGACAGAAUACAGGUCUGGUUCCAGAACCGACGGGCGAAGUGGCGAAAGCGUGAGAAGUGUUGGGGCCGCAGCAGCGUGAUGGCGGAGUACGGGCUGUACGGGGCGAUGGUGCGACACUCCAUCCCGCUGCCAGAGUCCAUCCUCAACUCCGCCAAGAACGGCAUGAUGGGAUCCUGCGCCCCCUGGCUGCUCGGUGAGCCGCAUGCACGGAUGCACAAGAAGUCCUUAGAAAUGUCCAAAAAGUGUCCCAGCCCUCCGGAGUCGGACUCUACGCGCUGCGACUCGUUCUCGGAGGGACGCGGCGGCGAGACUCGGGAGGCGGCGCGUGAGGAGGAAGAGGAGGAGCUGCUGGAGAUGGAGGAAGAGGACAUGGAGGAGGAGGUGGCCAUCGACCUGUCCAGCUCCUCCAAACAACAGCAGGAGGCCGGCGGCUCGAUAAGGCCCGCCUCCUCGCCGCGGCGGCAGAGCGAGUCCGACGGACACAGCUGAAGGUCGGGGGAGGAGUCGGCGGCGGCGGCGGCGGCGGCGGCGGGAGCACGGGGAGCGAACAGCCGUUACGUUGAUUGUUACUAUGCAAAUUAUCAUAAA